GAGUCGCAGUCGUCUGACGCGCCGGACGGAAACACAGCGUCACAGACGGAGGACGGAUCUCGAGGGGAUGCCGGGGACUCGGCUCCUCCAAGCGCCUCCACUGUGCCCCCUGCUGAUGGCUUCCUCAGGCGCCUGGGCAGCCUGUUUCAUUUCAGCCGGGCAGAACCGGCCGGAGCCCAGCGAGAGAGACUGAGCGACGCGGACAGCAGCAGUCUGACUACAGGACAGAGAGACACGCAAACAAGCGCAGAGACACUGGAGAGCAGAGGAGGGGCGGAACCACGUGAUCCAGCGCUGGAGCCAUCCGGGCGUGAGAGAGAGAGAGGCUGCUGCUACAGGAAGAGCUCCGCGCUGAUUUCCUCAUGUUCUCUCCAGGAGUCGCAGUCGUCUGACGCGCCGGACGGAAACACAGCGUCACAGACGGAGGACGGAUCUCGAGGGGAUGCCGGGGACUCGGCUCCUCCAAGCGCCUCCACUGUGCCCCCUGCUGAUGGCUUCCUCAGGCGCCUGGGCAGCCUGUUUCAUUUCAGCCGGGCAGAACCGGCCGGAGCCCAGCGAGAGAGACUGAGCGACGCGGACAGCAGCAGUCUGACUACAGGACAGAGAGACACGCAAACAAGCGCAGAGACACUGGAGAGCAGAGGAGGGGCGGAACCACGUGAUCCAGCGCUGGAGCCAUCCGUGUGUCAUUCAGAGCUCACACACACACCUUCAAAGGAGCAGACUGAGGAAGACAGAAGUGAUGCCGUAAACAUCGAUGCCAAAGAGAGCUUGGAGGACAAGAGGCGGUAUGAUCUAGCCUGUCCUCCUGUAGUGACUUACGGCAGGUACCGUGGAUUGAGGGAAGUCCGGAAACCAAAGAAGAAGCAUCGCGUCGAGCUUCAUUCGCCUAUCUCUGAGGGAGAAGAGGCUACACAAUCCGACGGCCAUGAGGACAGUGAGAUCUCCUCUUGCGCUGUGAACACCAUGAGCUCUGAUAGUCAGGAAAACCCCACUCUCGUAAAUCAAGCAUCUCCUUCCCAGGCUCAGAGUGUCUUAUCAGACCAGGUUCCUGAACUAACUCCAGCCCACCAACUCCCCCAUGUUGCAGGAUCUGGCCUGUCGCUUUCCUGUGUAGAGACAGAACAAAGUCCGCCGAAGGACCCAGUGAACAGCGGACAGGAGCAUCUUGCUCNGAGUGCUACGCCACAGACGCUAUCGGGGGACAACGAUGAUCUGACCAUUUCAGACACCAACACAGACCAUCACGACACUCAGAGAUCAGAGUCAUCUUUAAUUGUAGACAGAACGGAUGAUCUAGUCCCUGGUUCUCAGACGUGCUGGACUCUGGAGGAGUUUGAGCUGAAACGGGCUGCGGUGGAUUUUGGGAUGGAUGAAGAAGUCCUGCAAUUGGAGUCUAAAAAGAUGGUGGAUAACAUCCUGACAAAUGCCCUCGCUGCCCUGCACAAGAUGGAAGCAUCUGAGACGGAGCGUGAGGUCCUGUCGACCCAUGAACCCAGCGAAGGCUCCGAGGCAGUGCUGUUUGAAGGAUCAGAUGGCCGUGGAGAUGGCGGCACUAAUGCAGAGCAUCAGUUUGGCGUGAUGUUGACGGACCAGACAUUGUCUGCGGUUCUCGAGGGAACGCUAGCAGGCCAUGUGGACUGCAGCAGGUCACCGCCCUCCUCAGGGUACGAGUCCAUCGCUGGCUCCGACACGGACAUCAGGUGCAUCGUGGGCGUGGCCUCUGACGUCGUCACUAGCAGCGCUCCAAUCGGCUCUCAGAAUGAGAAUCAAGCCGUUCUUGAAAAUCUUUCUGAAGAAAAGAACGUGGAUGGAACCCGUAAGAGCAGCGGGAGAAACUCUGUGCUCAGUGCUGCUGCUGAUGAGCCAUUAUCCCCUAAUCUCCAUAAAACAGACAUCAAGCUCUUGUCGGAGGAGUCUCUCUGGCGUGAGCAGCACACGGGUGACGUCUCCGUAUGUGAAGCGGAGUGGGUAAGAGGGGAAAAGAGACCUCAGGAUACAGCCAAAGACAAUGCAAUGAGCAAUAACUGUAGACUCAGCCUGAAUGGUUCCUGUGGCACUUCUGGCACGGCUCCAUCAGCGCAUCAGGAGAGUCUUCAACAAAGCCAAACUCUCAGUGCAAUGGGAAAGUCAGACCCCGUUAGCCACAGUCUUGCAUCUGACACAGCGGAUGCAGAUAUGAUGUCAGAAAUCCCACAAAGCCAUCAACCUGAGAAGACUGAAGGCAGUGGUGAGCAGGAACAGGUCUGCCGAGUCUCUCGGGCUGGAAUAGAUUCAUGUGUCCUGCCAUCCGUGACUGAAGUCCACCAUCCUUCUCAGUGGGCCACGGUCCAAGCGUUUCGCUGCGACGUCACCGAUUACCAAAGCCUGAGCCCCGCUACACUCCAGACAGAGCUCGGCGUGAACCGAGCAGAUGCUGGAUCGCCAGUCGUGUCAGUUUCCGGUCGUAGAAUUCACCUCGACGCCGUGGACAGCUCCAGCAGAACUGCGGCUGUCGUUCCCCAACACUCCCGGUUUCACGAUCUUGACCUCCACCAGGUCGAUGGAGGCUUCGCCAUCAUCAGCGAGGAGGAGGAGAGUGACAUGGUGUUCGUGAACGACAUGGGGCCCAUGCACAGUCCUAGCACACGUCGAGCCAAAGCAUACCCCUUCUCCCUGUCCCCCAUCUAUGAGGAGGAGUUCGGCCGCGAGGAGGCUUCAGGGCAGCAGACACUGCAGGUUCCUCCAGCGACAGAAGAGGAGCAGAGGAGCGUGGAGCAGCCGGCCUCGUCCAUCCUCUCCCUCUUGCAGUCGGUCAGCGAGAAGUUACAGUCCAGUGUGGUCUGCAGUUCAGUCAAGGAGUCCGUCCACGCACCGCUGAGCGGAGACGACAGUGAGGACGAUGACGAGGACUCCAGCAUCCUACAGCGCCGCCAGCUCAUCGAGGCCAAACCUGAGCGUGAGACUGCUAAUGACACUCCGGAUAGAAUACAGGAGGAACGGGAAUGUGAUGACACACUGUUUAAUAUUGGAAAGAACACCAAUACACCUUUCUAUCAGUACUUGAAGUCUGGAAUAAUGCCAUCAGGUGAUGAAGAACCUGAAGACACUAAACGCACUGUGUGUCGUAGCGCAGGCAACACAACGGGAGAGAUCGGAGGGUUCGGAAAGGUCAACCCUAGACCUGCAGCAGUGCUCAUCUACGAGAGUCAGUCGCUGAGCGGUGAGAGGAGAGACAUCUGUGAUGACGUGGAGGAUGCUGGGAGGGAUCUGUUUGCUGACAGGGGAACGCUUCACGCGCUGAGAGGAUGCUUCACAUGCUUCAGUCGAGUCAGAAGCGUCUGGUGUUGUUGUGUGCAGGAUGACCGUGUUCCAGAGAUCCAUCUGUAUCCCAGCUCGUCUCAGACCGUCCGUCUUCACUCUGCGUCAGACCUGACCGGUGCUCCGGUGCUGCUCUCUGACCUCUGCGUCAGGACCGGAUGCUGGGUGGUUCAUGAGCAGCCUGGAUUCAGCGGCAGAUCCGCCGUUCUGGAAACUGAUGGGAGAGUCACGCCGGUUCUCCAGGGUUCCCUCCUGUCCUGCGUGAAGAGUCUCCGGCCGUUAAAACUGGGUGGGCUGCAGGUGAGCAGACCGCUGGACCCGAAGAUGCUGUUGUUCGAGAAGCCGCAGUUCCAGGGUGUGUUCAGGGAGCUGCUGGAUCACGCGCCCUGUCUGACGGACACCGCUGCGUCUCUGCGGGUCACGGGUGGGAUAUGGGUGGCGUUCUCCAGCGAAGGGUUCAGAGGUCAUCAGUGUGUGCUGGAGGAGGGGGAAUACUCAGACUGUACGCGUCUGUUCGGCGGGACGGAGCUGUGGAUCCAGUCGCUGCGCUGUGUUCAGACUGAUUUCCUGCAGCCUGCAGUGAGUCUGAAGAUCUGUGAUGAGGACAUCGACGAGCAUCAGGAGAUCCCCGAUCUGCAGGAGACCGACGGCUUCUGCGUGAAGAGUGGAGCGUGGGUUGCGUACAGCGAGAGGUGUUUCACAGGACAGCAGUGUGUUCUAGAGAAAGGUCAUUAUCCGGGGCUGCUGGACUGGGGCGCCGGACGGAGCUCAGCGCGGUCACUGCGGCCCAUUCACAGGGACGUCUGUCGGAUCGCGGAACCAAAGUUUUUGCUGCGUGUUUACAGCCAGACGCGGUACAGCGGUCAGAGCCGAGAGUUUGAGAGCGGCGUUCCUGACUGUGGUGUUCCAGGUGUCGCAUCGCUGCGGGUGAUCCGAGGAAGUUGGCUGCUGUUCGAUGAGGAGUGUUACUCUGGUAACCAGUAUAUCCUGGGGGAGGGGCAUUACCCUGACCUCACUUCCUGUGGCUGCACAUCCUCAGCCAUCAAGUCUUUAAAGCCCAUUCCAUACAGUUUGGCGGAGCCGUCCGUGAGUCUCUUCUCUCUCAGCGGUUUUGAAGGCCUUGAGGAUCGCUGGUGUUCAGACGCGGAGAACAUGAGCCACUUCUUCCUCCAGUCUGUGAGAGUCCACAGCGGCCUGUGGGUGGCGUAUGAAUACGCUCGCUUUAAGGGCCGGCAGAUGCUGCUGCAGCCGGGAGGGUAUCCGGUUUGGACCGAACACAGCGGCUGGGACACGAUCGGAUCGCUGAAGCCUCUCAGACAGCCCAAAGCGUACAUCCUUUUAGAUCAUAUUUAG